UGCGCUCUUACUCCGUUUGAUAAAAAGAGGUUGUUGUCUUCCCUCUGGCAUCACUUUUUACUUGACAUCUGUUCUCUGAACGACCCAACACAGGAGCGCGGAUUCCUGAAGAAACCAUUGCCCACGUCAACUUAUACGACCAGAUAUCUCUAGAGCAUUCAACAUGGCCACAGCGACAAUGACAAUGGCAAUGUUUGACGACGAUGUCUGUCCAGUAUGCCAGACGGACCGGUACCUGAACCCACAAAUGAAGCUGAAAGUCGGACCAUGCUUCCAUAAGAUGUGCGAAAACUGUAUAGAGCGCUUGUUCGCACAUGGACCAGCGCCCUGUCCGACCUGUCGCCAGACGCUUAGGAAAGCAACAUUUUCAGAGCAGACCUUUGAGGAUCUUUCGGUUGAGAAGGAGGUCCGCAUUCGGAAGCAGAUGUCUUCAAAGUUCAACAAACGGCGGGAGGACUUCAAGACGCUAAAGGAUUAUAAUGACUACCUGGAAACUAUCGAGGACUUGACGUUCAAGCUAGUCAACGAGAUUGAUGUCGAGACAACGAAAGCAGCAAUCGACAAAUUUGCAGCAGAGAACAGGGACCUCAUUAGGAUCAAUGCAGACCGCUUGCUGAAUGAAUCACGCAUGGCUACUCAGAGACAGGAAAUGCUUCGUAAGGAGCGUCAGAUGCAACGUGAAGCAUACCUUAAAGAACUCGAGGCAGAGCAGGCAGCCAAGAACGAGGAUCGGAAAAUGUUGAUUCAGGAACUGGCUACAUCUGAUAAAUCCGCAAAGACGAUCCUUGCGGCCCGACAGGCGAUCUCGCUAAAGAAAACAUCAAUGCGCAAGACAGAGGUCAAGACAUCGACUAGCAACUCAAGUACUCCCUCAUUACUCUCGGAUACCUAUUGGCGGAUGCAGCGGGACGAGGAGAUGGAUCGGCAGCACGAUGAGGACGACGAUAUGGUGGCGGAUUCGUUUGACCCGGUUCAAUCGUUGUACAUGGAUGUGGAUUUGGGGGUGGGAUAUGUUAACAGCGUGAACAAUAAUAAGGCGCACGCGGGCGGGCUGCAGUAUCCACUCUUGAGCUCGAGUAUUGGAGUCAAGGAUUUGUAUGCUGAACCGGUGGGUGUUGGAUCGCUAAGCAAGGUGGCCAAGGCGGGAGGAUACCGGUUGGCGUUUGGAUAUGAGCGUGCGAUUGAGGAUGCCCAUACAGCAUUGUUCGUGCCGGCGCUAUAGAGCUGUGCACAAAACCUUAAAAUAAGAUUUUUCAGAACCUGACGUUCGGAUUUUAGUUUGUGCCAACUAAUACCAACUAGAAAAUGCCAAUCAAAGUUGCCAACGAGAUUCCAAGUUUUUUACGCACGUACAAUGCUACUGCCAACUAGCCAUAACCACUGCUCUUUGUUUCGCUAGCAGCUGUUCUUGGGCUGCACCCUGUAGGCUCCAGGGUAGAUCAGCUAUGCAGGGCUCCAAGUAAUGACAAGAGACAGUGGUCGUGAAACCUUUGUCUAUGUUGACUACCUGUUUCA